AUGGCGGCUGCCGCUCUGAAGAGAUUUUGGUCCCGAAGCCGUAGAGAGGCGGGUGACGCUGCAGCCGCAAAGCCCGGCGUGUGGGCGCGGUUGGGCGCUUGGGCCCGCUCGCUGCUCCAAGAUUACGCCGAGGCGUGCAAGGACGCAGCGGCGGCGGCGCGGGACCGGCCCGGGAGGGCGGCCGUGUACUUGGGGCUGCUGGGUGGCGCGGCGGCCUGUUGCUCCCUGGCACCGAGCGAGGCAGCCUUCGAGGAGGCGCUGCUCGACGCGUCGGGGACCCUCCUGCUGCUGGCGCCCGCCACUCGCAACCGCGACUCGGAGGCGUUCGUGCAGCGGCUCCUCUGGCUGCGGGGUCGCGGCUGCCUGCGCCACGUGAGCCUGGGCCUCUGCUCGCUGGUGUACGAGGCACCCUUCGACGCCCAGACCAGCCUCUACCAGGCUCGCUGUCGCUACCUGCAGCCCCGCUGGACCGACUUCCCGGACCGGAUUCUGGAUGUGGGCUUCGUGGGCCGCUGGUGGGUGCUGGGGGCCCGGAUGCGCGACUGCGACAUCAACGAUGACGAGUUCUUGCACCUGCCGGCUCACCUGCGCAUCGUCGGGCCCCACCAGCUGCACUCGGAGGCCAAUGAGCGGCUCUUCGAAGAGAAGUACAAGCCCGUGGUGCUCACCGACGACCAGGUGGACCAGGCGCUGUGGGAGGACCAGGUCUUGCAGAAGGAGAAGAAGGACCAGCUCGCCCUGAGCCAGGCUGACUCUCUGCUGCCGUCGGAGGUCGCGAGAUGA